AUGUCAUCCGAUCCAAUGGUCAGUGGCAACUGGACGAUGGUAUACGAUGAGGGAUUUGAAGAACGUCGACGAGGGCGCACGGCACUACAUCACACGUCUUUGGUAGACUCGGAGCUGUCGAAUACAGAAGGCACACUCCCCGACAGUCUGGAUUGGAGGAACGUUGAAGGUGUGAACUACAUUGAACCCGUGAUGAAUCAAGGCUCCUGUGGAUCAUGCUACGCGAUUGCAACUAUGCGCAUGCUGUCAGCCAGGCACAAGAUACAUACCCGAAAUAUCACUGCGGUCCCAUGGAGCAUAUCGUAUAUGUGUGUGAAUUUCCCUCUGUACUGUGCCGAGUAUAACCAAGGCUGUGAUGGUGGAUUCUCCUUCCUAACGAGUAAAUGGUCUUCUGAUGUCGGCCUCUUACCAACCUCGUGUGCCGAAUAUACAGCAGAGAACGGGAAGUGUGAGAUAACAUGUGAUCCAUCCUCUUUACCCAAAUACCGGGUAUCAAACUAUCAUUAUGUUGGUGGAUACUAUGGUGGCAUCACCUCCUCAGCCCAGAUAAUGAAAGAAUUGGUCGAUGACGGCCCUCUUGUGGUGUCUAUAAAACCAGCACAUGACAUGAUGUACUACAGAAGCGGAGUUUACCGAAGCGACCUGGAACGAGACAGCUAUCAUCGUCCCGAAUGGGAAGAGGUUGGCCAUUCCGUCCUAUUGAUAGGAUACGGCGUAGAUAAUGGGGAAGAUUAUUGGCUCAUACAAAAUUCCUGGGGUCCUGAGUGGGGAGAAGAUGGAUACCUACGUUUAGCUCGAGGUAUGGAUGAAUCUGGAGUUGAGAGCAUAGCAGUCGCGGCGGAUGUUGUUGAGGAUCGAAGACCUCUAGAUACGUUCAAGAACUUCGAGAUCAAGCCAAUUGAAUAA